AUGGCUUCUAGGCCGCGUAAAAAAGCAGCUAUGCAGCACAAGUUGGAACAACUUCGAUCUCUCACAAAUUCCAGUGCUAUGAACAAAGCCUCAAUUAUUGUGGAUGCCACAAGAUACAUUGAGGAGUUGAAGCAAAAAGUAGAGGGACUGAACACAGAGCUUGGAACUGCAGAAUCAUCAACCUCCCAAGAUGAACUACCCAAGGUGACCGUAGAAACCCUAGAAAGGGGUUUCCUCAUUAAUGUGUUUUCAGAAAGGAAUUGCCCUGGUAUGCUUGUGGCAAUACUCGAAGCCUUUGAAGAACUGGGACUUGAUGUGCUUGAUGCUAGGGUUUCUUGUGAAGACACUUUCCAGCUAGAAGCUGUGGGAGGAGAAAAUCAAGAGAAUGAGAGCAUCGACGCGCAAGUGGUGAAGCAAGCAGUGCUGCAAGCAAUCAAAAACAUGGAUUAA